AUGUGCUUUUUUGCGUCAUAGAGAGGCGCCGCUGAGGGUGUUUUGAUGUUGUUCGGCGGAAAGGCUUUAACACAAAAAACUGUUUUUAAUAACAAUUUGAUCGUUACGCUGGUGGUCAAACAUGGGGAAGUCUUUUGCUAAUUUCAUGUGCAAGAAAGAUUUUCAUCCUGCAUCAAAAUCCAACAUAAAGAAGGUAUGGAUCGCAGAGCAGAAACUAAGCUUCGACAAGAAGAAGCAGGAGGAACUGAUGCAGGCUUACGUGAAGGAGCAGGACACAUACAACAACAGACUGCUGAUGGGAGAUGAUCGUGUGAAGAAUGGCCUUAAUUUCAUGUAUGAAGCACCUCCAGGAGCGUCUAAAGAGGAGACAAAAGAGGAAGGAGAAUCUGAGUGCAAGUUUGAGUGGCAGAAAGUAGCUCCUCGUGAAAAGUAUGCAAAGGAUGACAUGAAUAUUCGGGAUCAGCCUUUUGGCAUUCAGGUGCGGAAUGUGCGCUGCAUUAAGUGUCAUAAAUGGGGUCACGUGAACACGGAUCGUGAGUGUCCCCUCUUUGGCCUGUCAGGGAUCAACGCCAGCUCCAUGGCCAGUGAUGAAGCAGGUCCGUCAAUGCACCCCUCCGAGUUAAUGGCAGAGAUGCGAAACAGUGGGUUUGCGCUGAAGAAAUGUGUCCUUGGGAGGGACAGCACCAUGAGUGAUCCAGCACAGGAGCUUGUGGCCAGUGAGGAAGAGGAUGACCCUGAGGUGGAGUUCCUGAAGUCUCUGACUACCAAACAAAAGCAGAAACUGCUUAGAAAACUUGACCGUCUUGAAAAGAAAAAGGAGAAGAAGAAAAAGAGUAAAAAGGAGAAAAAGAAGAGCAAAAAGAAGCAGAAAAAGAAACAAGCCAAGAGUGAGAGUUCAUCCAGCAGCUCAUCAGACAGCAGCAGCGACUCUGAGGAUGAGAAACGCUCCGGAAAAAAAGCCAAGAAGAAGAGCAAGAGAAGGAGAAACUCAACCAGCGACAGCAGCUCUGAGAGAGAGCAGGAGAAAGACUCCAGACACGCACAUUCAAAACACAAUGAGCACAGAGUUCAGAGGUCACCAGACAACAAGCACAGCAGAGAGAGAGGUAGAGAUCGACACAGGAGCAGCAGUAGGGAGAGGAGGAGCAGGAGCCCUCGGCGACGGAGAGAUGAGAAAGAGAGAGGUAAGGAGAGAUACAGGAGCAUGAGCAGGGAGAGAGCGAGAGAGAGAGGAGACAGGAGCGGAGAACGAGACAAGGGCAAGAGGGAAAGAAGCAGAAACUCUGAUAGAAAUGUCAGGAGGAGGAGUGUCAGUCGGGAACGAGGGAGGGGCGGUGAAAAACGUGAGAGUAGGACAGAGCACAGCGGAGGGAAAUAGCUGGAAGUGGAUGAUCACUGUCUUAUCUCUGAUUAAAGGAAUAAUGAAAAUCA